AUGUCUCUAGUUUUUGUGCCUAAACGGCUUCGCGGGAAGGCGAAAGUUAGCCAAGAAACGAUCCAACAACUGCUGGAUGAGAACGACCAGUUGGUGAGAUGCAUCACUGAAUACAUGCAGAAGGGAAGAGCAGUGGAAUGUGUGCAAUACCAACAGAUAUUGCACAGAAACCUAGUGUAUUUGGCAACAAUAGCGGAUGCAAGUCCUGAGGCUGAACCAGCGGAUUCAUCUAAGGUCACAUCUGGUGAAGGCUCUUCCACAUCUAAUCAUCACGUGGCUGGAACGUGA